AUGUUCCAUCGCCUCGCAGACGCUUUCGGUUAUGCAGUCACUGCGGCCGUUGUCGGUCUUCCCGUGUCAUCGGCGGCCGCCAACUUUUCUCUUUACGGCUAUGACUCAGAGAGUGCGUUCGGGGCCAGAUCUCUCUUUUACAAGGGUGGCCACGUUCUCCUGGCUAAUCAUACAUCACCGGACUUGAUCCCGAUAUACUUUGAGUCGGGGCACGAGGAUGGUACAGAGACCAUCCGGAGUGUACAUGCCAACAUGACUGGGACGCCGCCGUUCUCUAGAGGGACCCUGCAGCUACCUAACACUAAUGACCACCAAUACAUCACGGUACAGAAUGCGCCUGAUGCAGCACCGUCACAAGUCCGGAUUUUGGUAUAUGGCCACACCAUACUCGUGAACGACGCGGGGAUCUUAAGCGCCUCGUUUUAUGCAGAGGAAGCAGACACAGCUGGUGUAUGGUAUUUGGUCUGGGAGCCGAACAAAAACGAAGCUGGCAAUUUGGAGCGUGUUUUUCUGCGCAAUCGAAGGCUAGCGUAG